GAUUAGGUGGUGCUGCGGUAGUGUAACGGUUCCACGAAAAACACCAAUCGAUAACCGCCCAGAACGCCUGGCCCCGAUUGCGUUGUUUCGCGGAAAAAUCAAUAUCCUCGAGGAACACGUUAAAUCAAAGGAUAACGCCAGUUUCUUGUGGCCCCCAUUAAUAAGUGUUCUGCUGGCGUGUCCUGUGUGGCUCUCUCUGGUGCUGUAACGGUUACGGAGUUGAAUCGAAUAUUUUAAUAAUCCAGAAUAAGGUGGCAAAAAUCGGAUUUGUUUCGUCGUAGUUUCAGCAAAGGACGAGGGGGUCAGGAAGGGACGAUAGGAAGGGACUCUUCCUUCCUUUUUACUUUCUCUGCCUCUCUCUUUGUCUGGCGUACACUGUUUUAUGUUCUCUCGCGCGUGUCGCUCUCGCAUUUUGCACACCCCCCGAGGGGCGCGAACGGAAAUCGUUUUGAAUCCCCCCAAUCUCGGUGCUGUUUUGUGCGGUGCGAUGCGCAUCUUCGCGACACCCAGCUCCCUGCUUGUCUUACCAAUUUACUUAUUUAGUUAAGUGGAAAUAGUGCCAUCGAGACAAUUUUGACCACCACUCGAAAAUACGAUUUCGUUUGAUUCACAAGUCGCUUGCGGUUGAUAAGGGUGGACGGUGAAACCGGCGGAUGUCAGCCCCUAUGACGAAGGCCCCUCGCGUUGGUGAUAAGACGACAUUCAGAGACGAAAACAAAACACAAAAACUGACCACCAAGCGCUAGAUGGAUGCAAAUAGUUUAGCCCCCCGAUUGGAGCUGGUUCGCUCUUGAUAGCCACAGCGUAGUAGACGGUGCAUUUUUCAAUGCGUUAAAAAAUCAACGCUCCCGAACAUCGGCUACGUCCGCCUCAAGGAUUUACCUCCAACACGAAAUAAUAGUGCGAAGCUAAGAGUGAGGGAUCCAGUAUUCCUUUUGCGCCGUCGCCAAAAAUCAUCUGCCCCUGGGGUGACGCCAUCGGGUAACACAUUGGACCGCCAAUAAACUGGUCCCAGGGCCAGGAACGACCGUUUGAGCACACUCUCCGUUGCAUGUGCAUUCACGCGAUUGCCAAUAAACAAACAGGCGCAAACGCCCCCUUUCAACCCGGUCACAGUGCACGCAAACGCAUACAUAUGUUUGCCAGCAGCCGCCACCGGCGCACAUUUCAACUUUCUGACUGAUUUGCAAUUCUCCUACCUCAGGAUCGAAUGAAACUAUCUUCGGCAAAAGUUGGAAAGAUUGUUUGUUCGGUGAUUUAGCUUGCAGAUUUUAUCAGCGAUUUUUGCGGCUGUGGUGACUCCGUUUUGCUAUUCCAGUCACAGUAGCUCGAUUGCUGCAGUAUCAAUGGUCACACGAUUGGAUUGCUUCCAGUAUCCCUAAGGAAAACUAUUCGCGUUGGCAACGGAACAUGGUGCACCGUGUUCCUCUUCUAAUCGCACUGUUGGCCCGGUGCCAGCUAGCUUGAUAAUGCCUUUUUGUUGACCUGAUUUAUGAUUUAUUCUAGUCGCAGGUGUACAGAGCAAAAGCCCGAUGGACCAGAUUACAUAAAGGAACGCCUUUUUCUCGUUUUAACAGGCAGUAGAUCUCUCCCAAGAGCGCCCAAUGGGAGAUUGGGUUGGUGGUAGCUACCGGGCAGUGUAAACUGCACCGAAAAAGCUGCAAAACUAGUGCUUCACUGUUCAGGGAAUAGUGGGAAAGAAAACACAAACACUCCUCCUACCAGUGUCCAGCUACAAUCGGCGUGCAAAAGUUCAACGGGGUCAUAGAAAUGCUGGAUCGAAUCGUUAUCUCUAGUCGAUCGAAUCGGGAAGAUGUAACCGUUAAAAUGUGUCGUACUCGCGGAGCAAAACGGGCUCGUCUAUCGGCGGAUAGCCUUAUUUUACUGGGUGUGUUGCUGAUGGUGGCGAUCCUCUUCACAACGGGACAAGCCACACCUUUGAAACCUCGCUGCUACCAGUACGGAACGACUUCCACAACCAACACGCUGCAACAAAAUGGACAAGAGUUUGCGGACGAGUAUGACGAUAGCUACGAUGAUCAGCUGGACGCGUCGGACGAACCAGUCUUGGAUAAGGACGUCUCCAUGGAGGUCACUUGCACCCGGAAUGCUCCGUUCUGCUAUUCGCUGUGGAAAAUCGAUGCGUCCAAGAACAUUACCCGUAUCGCGCAAGGAUGCUGGGGAUCGUCCGAUAAUCAGGAAUCGUGCAGCGAAUCCGAAUGCAUUAGCUCAACGGAAACGACGAAUAAGAUGUUCUUUUGCUGCUGCAGUGGUGAUCGGUGCAAUGGGAACUUUAGCUAUGUACCACCACCGACGACAUUGGAAGGAUUGGUUGUGCGUGACGAUUCCGAUGGAUCCGGUUCGAGCAUCACUCCAUUUGCACCAUAUACCUCGAUCUGGAGCUCACCGACCGUGUACAUCUGUUUCGCUGUCGUCGGUAUAAUUCUCAUGAUGAUCGUCGGUGUCAUGAAUUGCCACCGGAUACCGAAGAAAGGAAUUGCCGAGCUAGAGCAAAUGGCACCAUCAGGACCGGGCUAUAGUGCGAAUCUGUACAACGUCGAUAACCUUAAGCUAGUCUCGAUGAUCGGCCAGGGCAAAUAUGGAACCGUUUGGAAGGGUAUCGUGAACGAACAACCGGUGGCGGUCAAGAUCUUUGCCGCUCAGCAUCGGCAAUAUUUUCUUAAUGAGCGUGAAAUCUACACCGUGCCGCUAAUGGAAUCUCCUUCCCUUCUAACGUUCUUUGGUUCGGAUGAGCGACGCACGAUGGAUGAUCGACUCGAGUAUUUGCUCGUGCUAUCGUUGGCACCACUAGGCUGUCUGCAGGACUGGCUAACCGAUAAUCGGAUGCCAUUUGGGACGUUCUGCCGAAUGGGCAAAUCGGUAGCGAACGGGCUGGCUCAUCUGCACACGGAAAUACGCAAAGGCGAUCUCAUGAAACCGUGCAUUUGCCAUCGUGAUCUCAAUACUCGCAACAUACUGGUGAAAGCCGAUCUUACCUGCUGCAUCGGUGAUCUUGGGUUUGCGCUUAAAACGUACGGCGCACGGUACGAGUACCGCGGAGAGUUGACGCUGGCGGAAACGAAGAGCAUUAACGAGGUCGGUACGGUGCGCUACAUGGCACCGGAAGUGCUUGAAGGUGCCGUUAAUCUGCGAGACUGCGAAUCGGCUCUGAAGCAGAUCGAUGUGUACACCUUGGCGCUGGUACUAUGGGAGUUGGCCACACGGUGUGAGGAUUUCUAUCCACCGGGUACACCGAUUCCCGAGUAUCGUGCACCGUACGAGGAGUACGUUGGAACGCAUCCCACGUUCGAGCAGAUGCAGGUGCUGGUAUCGCGCAACAAGGCACGUCCAUCGUUUGCGCCGCACUUUGAGACUAGCAUCGUAGCCCGGAUCAUUCGUGAUACUUGCGAAGACUGCUGGGAUCAUGAUGCCGAGGCGCGGCUUACUGCGAUGUGCGUACAGGAACGGUUGCAGGAGGUGGCACAGCUCAAUCCAACGGCCCGCACCUUCGUGAAGGAUGUCGAUCGAUACGAUGGGGACAUGCUUCCGCCGGAGACCGGUGAAAAGACCAUUCUGUAUCAACAGCAUCUGCACGAUAUAAACGGAGGUGGGGUAGGUGGAACGAUCAUACACCAUCAUCAUCAACGGUAUAGUCCGGAUGGAACAACGACAUUUCUGACACCACCGAAUCAGCAAAUCCUUCCUCCGGCGGCCGCUGCUGCCGCAGCCGCACUCACAGUCGCAGGCUACCGUGAUGAUCUCACCGGAUCAUGUGGCAAGCUGAUUCCGACCAACGGUAGUAGCGGCAGUAACAGCAGCAGCAACAGUACCAGCAGUGGCAGAAGCAGAAACAGCAGCGGAUCAGCUGGAAAUCACAACUUCAACCACUACGAUGAGCAGGAAGAGGAGGAGCAGGAGUACAAACCUAAGCAAGAAUUCUCACAGGCUGGCAUGAAACGGGCACUUGGACUGAAUACGGUGAAAGUAAUGCUGCAGAAAACAUUCCACAAAACGGGCCACUCUCAACCGAUUGCAUACGCCGAUGGCGAUGAGUACGAUGAUGGCCAGCAAAAAUUGCGAAACGACGAUUAUUGCAACGACGAUGACGAUGAUGAUCGGUCGAACUUGGUCGUAGUGGUUGAGUCUAACGAGCGAAUCAUUUCCAUUCAUCAGAAACCCUCCCCGGAAACGGUCGAAACGCCUCCGAAUGAGGAACUAGGGAGCGUUAAGCGACGGCCCAACAAUCUCGAUCUCGACCUUGCUGCUCACGCUGGCGGUGGCAGUCGGUACGAAAGCAAUCUCUUGCUUCACGAGCCCACCGGAGUCGAUUUAACUGAUGGUUCUCCAGCAUCCGCGGCACUGGCCAGCGAACUGAUCGAGCAGAAGCUACGUCUCGUUGUGAGCAAGUCGGCCAACGCAAUGCACAACAACCACCCGGCAGCAGUUGCCCGUCAUCAUGGUGCUGCACGACUAGCUGGUGAUGAUGAUGAUUCACGAGCCCUGAAACGCCAACGAUCGCUUGAGGUGUUCCAUGAGGUUUUUGCCGCUCCGAAGGGUAGCAUCGAGCGGCUCCGUAAUCCGAGUCAGCGCGUCAAGACGCCGGGUGAUGUGCCACCAUCGGUGCGGAAGGUGCGAGCGUCAAAGACACUGUCGCUGUACGAUGAUCGUAUGAUGACACCAGCUGGGCCUGGCUGCCGGCUAGGUAACUCAGUAUAGCACGAAGAGGUACUACUGUUGGAGCUGUGAGAAACGUGCUAAUGGCCGGAAGGGGAGCAAAACUUCCUAAAUUUGAUAUUUAUUCGCACUAAUAAUUCCGACUUCAUUACCCUAAAUGGACGGACAUGGUGGCACACUAGCCAUGCUACUAACCAGUCAUGGUCAUACCAAAAGCAAGGAACAAAAACCAAAUAAAACGGUUAUUGGAGAACGACCGUUAAAAAAAGUGGCCGCUCAAGAUGAACAAUUCUGUGGCUAAUGAUAGAAUUUGAUUGGGAUAACCAGUGGGGGGGGGGGGGGCUUAUCCAUGUUGCGGCUGAGACACCCGCACGUAGUAACGGGGUACGCAUAGCGUAUCUCGUCCGCUAACACAGCCACAAUCUUACAAAAGGCUCAGUCGACUAACUAGUACUAGUUAUAGCAGUAGAAGUGUCUCUAUUUAAGGAAAAUGAGUCAAGACUCAUCAUGGCAUGCAAACAAGAAUAACCAGAAGAACGAACCAGAUUCAAUGAUUCUUUACUAUUGCCACUCGUGUGCCCGCCUUAGCACAACUAAAACCCUUUAUAACACACCUCACACACUUUCACACCAUUACGAGGGAUUUUCCCUUCGCGCGCGUGUCGUGGCGGACCAGUAUUCGGAAUGAGUUUGCUAUUGAGAAGUGGCAGGGAUGUUCUAUAUCUACGUACAUUUCCUUGUAAAAUGAAACUAACCAACCUGUCAUCAGAUUGCCAAAUCUGGAGGCACCAAGCAGGUCAAGUUUAGCGAAAAGUAUUAUUAGAAAUGCAUAAAAAAUAUAGUAUACAGCACUUUUAUCAUCGUUUGAAACCCGACUGCUAU